AUGUCACUGCUGCACAUCCUUUUCAUUGGUCUAAUCUAUUUACCAUCUAUUCUGGCCAAGCUUAAGGGCCUGAAAUCGCUUAAGAAUGACGAGCCACUUGACAUAAAUGCCCAAUGGUCACCCGAAGAUUCUCACUGCAUUAAUGUUUUAACACCACCUCCAAACACAAUCUUGGCACCUUACUACCGCGUCUACAUUCGUUGGUCCACGGACCCGGAAUGUGAUCCCAUGAACAAAUUAACAAAUUUCCUGAUAACCCUGCAUAAUGACCCCAAGUCAUCCGGGAAUUCCAUAGUAACGUACGGUUCCGAGCCUAAAAUCACAUCAAAGUGGUCACAACCGAUUACUUCGAACGUGAUUUCAAACGAAUUUUUGUGGACCGUGCCGUUAAUUCAACAGGACGAUGGAUUUGGCAGUUCAGCUAUCAAGAAUACGUCAUUAUUUUAUAUCCGAAUUGAAACGGAGGCGAUGAUUGACGAUCACAUGCGUACCGCUUUUGGAAUCACGGGACCUUUAACGAUUAAAAGUAAUCCUGAUAAAGAAAACAAAACCUUAUUUGCACCGGUGAAAGAAGUCCUGAAAGCCCAGGUGUUAAGUAGCUCAAACGGAAGUACAUUCAAGAAUGUGUCAUCCGGAAUUAUACAAGUGAAAAUAUUGUGGAAGUGGGUAUGCGACAUGGUGACACGUCGCGGAAAAAUUGGGAAAAUGAACGAGAAUGAGUUAGACGCGUCCAGGACACAUACC